GUCUCCUCGGAGCCAUCCUGUCCCUGGCCCAGUCCCUACAGGCUCAUGGGGUCUGGCUAGAGGCAUGAGCUGCUCCCGGCGCUGCUCCGCCCCAGAAAUCCUGCUGGCAAUUGGGUACCCGGCUUUGGGAGCAGACGCUCUGGGUGAGGAUCUGGCCUGGCUCGUCUCUCGGCCACCCCACUGCUCAGCCCGAGGGCCUGGCCAUGAGGGAAGGAGCCCGCGAGCGCUAACAGUCACUGCCGUCUCUAUCGACUAUACACCUGUGAUCACUGCCCGGGAGCUGGAGGGAAAGAUCACCUCUUCCACCUUCGUCCUGGAGCAGCCCCGCUGCGUCUUCAACGACUCGGUUAGCAACACCGACGAAAUCUGGUUGGUGGUUGCUCUUAGUAACGCGAUAUCCACUUUCACCAACCCCACCUCCCUGCAGAGUCUGCCCGCUUUCCAGAAGUUCCCAGGCAGCCCCCAUUACAUGACCAUGGGCACCUCCUCCUUAAACUACCCCUGCGAAAAGAGCUCCGGCCAGAUCACUGUGCUGCGGGUUGGGAACGAAACCGGGUGCGUGUCGGACACGACGCGACCAGACUGCAAUGGCCCCCUGCCCGGCCUGGGGCCCUACAGGGUGAAGUUCCUUGCCAUGAGUCCUGUCACGGGGCCCACGGCGGAGACACGGUGGUCAGACCCGAUUCUGCUGAAAGCAGGGAAGGACCCAGCUACCAUUGACACCUGGCCCGGAAAGCGCAGUGCCGGGAUGAUCGUCAUCACCACCAUCCUCUCCAUCCUGCUGGCCAUCCUGCUGGCCUGCUUCAUCGCCGCGCUGACCUACAGAUGUAUGGACAUUGCGGAGAGCACGGAGAUCAUGGGCAAGCAGGACCCGGUGACCGUGAAGCGAUACAACACCCACCACAUCUACGACCAGCCUGCUCUCAAGCACUGAGCCCCACCCAUGGGACAGCCGCCCCCUCUGGCCAGCCCGCUGCACCCGUCCGGAGCCCCUCGGCCGGCGCUCCGGCACAGCCCGCGUGUGCCGUGAACAGCCCCGGGACUGGAGGGGACCCGGGAGUGGCGAUCCUGCAGCGGUAUCGCUACCGAGUCCCUCCAAGACACCUAAAAUGUCCAGUACUUUUUGAUUUUUUCCUGGCCAGGAGGUGAAAAUCCCGGGCUGUCCAGCUCAAUACAGAGGCAACCUGGCAACCGUAGUGCUUACCGGUUUCCACAGGGGAGCUGUCCGGCCCCGUGCAGGGAGGCAAGAUGGUGGGCGGCUGCUGGCAGCCUGUUAGGGCCCAAAAGCCUCCCCACGCGGUUUCUAAAGGAGCCAUGGUGGUUUGGGGUUUUUUGUUUUUUUGGUUUUUGCUUAACAAACUUUUUCCUGUUGUUUGAUAUUUUUUCUGAAACCAUCUGGCAACCCUGUUAACCCCCCUGGUGGAAGCAGUUUGAAGGAAUCCAAAGAAAUUCGCCACCCCUGGAAUUUCCAUGGGGUUUGGGCCCCUUGUUCCCCUCCGUGCUUUAGGAAAGUCCCGCCAGCGUUCCCCAGAGCCAGCGGCCAGGCGCUCGCGCCCUGAUGCUGUUCAAUAUCUGCGCCGUCAAAGGACCCAUUAAAACGUUUGGCCCAAAGACAAGCUUUGCCGCGUUGAUCAUUGAGUGCAGGCAGCCUGAGGGCCAUCGCUGCCCAUGCCCGCCGCCAUCCCGUUCUGCCCAGCACAGGG